GCGUUUCGCUCGCACAAGCCAAACCCCCCUCCCCAAAAGCUCAACCCCCCCGCAGUCGGGCUGUCCCAUACCACCUACCCCCUCCAUCCAUUUGAAUCUCUCCCCCUCCCCGAUCAUCGCAGGCCGAUCGAUCGGCGGCUGCGGCGGCGAUGGGGCGGAGGAAUGACGACAUCGACUGGAAGAGCGUGUUUCUGUCCUACUUCUCUCAUGGCGCCUCCUCCGACCCCGCCGCGACGCGGGCGUCGGGCGUCGCGAUGGCGGCGUCAUCGGACGACGACGAGCGACGGCGGGGGUCUCCGGGCCUCCACCAACGGUCCGAGGAGCCGCGCAGCGAGCUGGAGCGGCGCUUCGGCAAGUGCUGCCGCCCCGGCGCGCAGGUUGAUGGCGGGGCGCAGGCGCAGCACUGCCGAGUCACCCGUGCGGCGGCCAAGGCUGCUGUUGGUUUGGGACCGGAUGUUUCUUCUGCUUCUAACGUUGUAUAUGACCUCAGUCCAAUAAAUGAUGACAAAGAAGGGGAACAUGUCCAUGACAAAAACUAUUCUAAGUUAUCUCCCAAGUUUAGCGAGAAGAAGAAUUAUGGCCAGGUACCCUUGAGCAAACAGAAAAGUCAAGGCCAUGGUGGAAAAAGGAAAUCUAUACCGGUGGCCAAGAUUUACUCAAGCCAACCAAAUUCAACAACUCAUGCCAUUGAUUUAAAGGAGCCUGAUCAUCAAAGUUCACUUCCCAGUAAAUUCUCUAAGAGGAGGAAGCAACAACUCCAAAAAUCAUCUUCUAUUUAUUCUCGAAAGGUUCAAGAUGUGGUUCUAUUGGAUGAUGAAGAUAUCGAACCUAAGGAAGAAGUAAAACUUGAGAUGUCUGACAGACUGAAUGAACCAAAGAUCUACUACCCAUCAAGAGAUGAUCAAGAAGUUGUCGAGCUCACCAGAUCUGAUAUCAGAUGUCUUGAUCCUGAAGUAUUUUUGUCGUCACAGGUGAUCAAUUUCUACAUCAAGUACAUCAAAAUGACCAGAUUGUGCGAUGAAAAUUUCAGAGACAAAUUCUACAUAUUUAACACAUACUUCUAUGGAAAGCUUGAGGAAGCAUUGCGUCGGCCGCGUGACUUCCCAAAGUUGAGAAGGUGGUCGAAAGGUGUCAAUAUAUUCAAUAACGCAUACAUCAUCUUGCCGAUCCAUGGGAAGGAGCACUGGAGCUUGGUAAUCAUUUGCCUUCCUCCAAAAGAGAGGACUUCUUCAGAACCGAUCAUUAUACUUCAUCUGGACUCCUUAGGCAUGCAUCCCAGCACUAAGAUCUUGAACACGGUUGGGAGGUACCUUGAAAAGGAGUGGCGCUUCUUAUCCGUUGCAUGGCCGUGUCUUCUGAAUGAUAUACGCAAGGAAGCUGUCCAGGUUCCGCAGCAGAACAAUGCGUACGACUGCGGUAUCUUCAUGCUGUAUUACAUUGAACAGUUUAUAAAGAAGGCACCGGCAAGGUUCACCACCGAUAAACUUGGCAUGUUUAAUCGCAGUUGGUUCAAGCCUGAAGAAGCAUCCGGUCUAAGGCAGAGAAUAAGAGAGCUACUGCUGCAAGAGUUUGGAAGUGCCAGGCCGGAUGAAGCUGCAUCAGAGGCAGAUGUUGCUGCUAAGAGAAAAGAAGGCAUCAGUGCUGCAGAGUGGAACGAGGAGGAGGCAGGCCGUGUCGUAUCAGAAUCAGACUCAUGUUCAUACGGCGCCGGAGACGAAAAAGGUACAGUAAAGGCAGAUUCUGGCAGCGCAGAAGCUGAGAAAGAAGGUGGGCUGGUUGUGACUGCAUCAUCGCAGAAAAGAUCGAAGGGGACGGCGGAGGAGGAGGAGGAGGUCCGUGGUAGUAGCAUGCCAGUCCCGGAUGCAGUUUGUGAGAUCACUGGGACCAAGGUGUGGAUCAAGAGGGUCUACAGACGAACAGGGUGGCCACCUGGAAAUUGGUGCUGGAGCAGUGGCGGAUCCAGCAGGGAUGCACGCAGGGCGUUCAUAGAACAAUUCUCUCGAAAGUAGUUAGAACUAAGAGCACAGAUGUUGGUUUGCUAUCCUGAGGCGCCUGUUGUUGACACUGGCUAGACGAUGCUUCCAGGUCGGUCGGGCACCUGCAGUUGUCAUCAACCUCUCGAUAAACCGAUAACUUUAGCAAGUGCUGCAUAUACUCCUGCAAGUGCUGCAUUUUGUUUUUUAUAAUGGAAACAAGAGUUCCAGCUUUUCGCA